CUGACUUUGAUGAUGUACGCUCUGACUUUGAAGAACGUUUCCCCUGUAUCAGAUUUAGCGAUAAACAAAGUGGUUUCAGAUGUGAACUAAGUACAAGUUCACUCUCUGCCCUCAAGACAUCAAAGUUACUCGCUGAAUACCGGCAGUUGGAUCCUCGAGUGUAUUUGCUAGCCAUGGCUUUUCGGUACUGGGCAAGACUUUGUGGCUUGGACAGUCAGUCAGAUGGCAGUAUGCCUGCAUAUUCAUUUGUCUUGAUGACUAUCUUCUUCCUUCAGCAUUGCGACCCACCAGUAGUUCCAGUUCUCCAAGAGGAUGAAACUUUGGAACGCCAAAACACUGACACCCUUGGAGAAUUGUGGAUCAAGAUGCUACAAUUCUAUACAGUCGACGUGGCAGUGGAGGAAAUGGUCAUCUCUGUGAGAAAACGGGAGCCUAUCAGUAGAGAAGAGCUAAAGAUUCCUAAUAGAAGGCUUGUUAUUGAAGAUCCCAUUGCCAUCAACAAGAAGAAUAUUGCCAAGUCACUUAGCUCCAACACUGUUUUUCAGUACCUGAUUGACCGACUUCAACAGGCUUUGCUUUAUUUUGGCAAACCACAGAAGGCUGCAUGUACAUGUAGAAGUAAUGCUGUGAGUGGUUCAAAAGCAACCAAGACAACAAAUGCUAGAAUUGACAGUUCAAAGGCCAUCCAGACCAACAGAAAAAGCUCAGAGGAUACAGUGACCAAGAAUGUGGAUACCAUGAAUACAAGUAUUCAAACCACCAAGCAAUGCAUUGAAUUGGACACUAAAGAUGAGAUAGCUAACCUUGAACAAAUACCUAUCGGUAACACAGGUGUGAGCAGGGCUAUACCAACAAUAUCAAUGAUGAGUGGUCUUUCAAGAAACUUACAGUUGCCACCUUCCAAGGACUCUACCAAGUCUGUAUCAGCAAAACUGAAAGGAAAGUCAGGGAAUGAUUCGGAGCUGGAGUCUGCUUGCAGGAAAAGUACCAUUGGAAGUGACUCUGAUAUUGAGGAUUCGCUAGUUACUGAUUCCACUGAAAAGGAUGGUUCAACAAGUGAUGUUGACCUUCUUGAUGGACAUUUAAAUACUGCGCGUUUGCAAAAUUGCAUUGUACCAGACAAACAGUAUUGUUCAGCUGGAUGCGGGGAUGACGUUAUGAGGCAGCAACAGGUGAAAAGCAUUGUUGAAGUUGAUACACAGACAGACAUGAGCAAGUCUGAGAUUUCUCUCUGCCAUCAUCAUUUCAGAUAUGCAUUUAAUGAAAAGAUUCUAACUGGUGGCAUAAAAGUCGUCGUCAUUUGCAAUGGUUGCGGAAAAGAAGGACAUAAAGUUGCAGAGUGCCCAGAUGAUACUCUUCCCAAGCUGGUAUCAUUACCUCCCAUGGCUAAAGCCUUCCUGAGGAGAAUUGAUGUCUUAUGUAGAUUUGUCGAAGAUCAAUUCUGUCUGAAAGACUGGGCCCUUGUACAGCGAGACAAAGCUAUUGUUUCAUACGAGAAUACUAUACGCAAGCAUGGAUACCAAGACGCCACACUUGAGCUGUUUGGGUCUUCAAGAAAUGGGUUUGGGUUUGCAAACAGUGACAUGGACAUCUGCUUGAAAUUCCGACACAUUCAAACUGCAGAGGACAUAGACAUUCCAAACAUCAUUGAAGACCUUGCUAAAAAGUUGAAAAGACACUCGAACCUGCAUCAUAUCAUCCCAAUCUCAACAGCAAAAGUGCCUAUUGUCAAGUUUGUUGAUCCAUACAUGAAAAUAGAUGUUGACAUCAGUCUCUACAACUGCCUUGCACAGGCCAACACACGCAUGCUGUAUGUGUACUCCAAGAUUGAUCCAAGAGUAAGACAGUUAGUCUACACAGCGAAAGUGUUUGCCAAGAUGUGUGAUAUUGGAGAUGCCUCCAAGGGAAGUCUGUCAUCCUAUGCCUACACGAUCAUGACUAUAUUCUUCCUACAACAGAGGAAGCCACCUGUACUCCCAGUUUUACAGGAGCUGUAUGGUGGCAACGAAAAACCUGAAAACUUAGUGGAGGGCUGGAAUGCAUGGUUCUUCAGUGACCUAAAGGAACUGAGGCACAUUUGGAGAAGUAGCAACAAGGAAUCUGUGGGAGAAUUGUGGCUAGGAUUUCUGCGUUUCUUCACAGAAGAGUUCAGUAGCAAGAAACAUGUAGUGUGUAUUAGACAGCAUCAGCUGCUAUCACGCUUUGAGAAGAUGUGGACUGGUUCUGCACGUGGAUUCGCCAUCGAAGAUCCGUUUGAUCUGGAUCACAAUUUAGGCAGUGGGGUCUCUCGAAAGAUGGCAACAUUCAUCAUGCAAGUGUUUAUCAGGGCAAGGGAGCAUUUUGGUACUCCAAAAAGAAUAGUGGGCUACAGAAGUGACUUUGAAUACUUCUUCGACACAUUUAUGUUGACCGGGGGAGAGGCUCCACCAAAUGACCGCUGCUGCAGGGUCUGUGGGAAAGUAGGACACUUCCUCAAAGACUGCCCUCAUCGUAAAGGACAUAAAGAAACUGGCAGAAGCAGAGAAAGAGAUGAAAAUGCGAAGAAAGGAAAGAACAAAGAGAUGGACAUAAACAAGGCAAAAAUGGAUCAAGCCGCAAAUGAUGCAAAGUCUUCAACAAGUGUAAAAGCAGUAGUUCCCAAACGAAGUUCUACACAAGUUACAGCACCACAAAGAGCAGAUGAGGUAGCAUCUCUUACAGUUCCAGCAAAUGCAGAUGAAAGGGAGGCACCUCAAGAUGGAGCAAUGGCGAAAUCUACAGUGAAGCAAGAAACACCUGAAACACCCUUUGUUUCAACCACUGUCUUCUAUUCACAGGGUAGUCCAAGUCCUAUACAGGUGAAAAUAGGAGAUACCUGGCAACAACAUUUAGAGGAAAAGAAACGCCAAAAGAAGCAAGAACCAAGAAGAAAAAAUAAGUCAGACAGUGAAAACAAGGAGGGAUUAGUUCCAGUCAUAAGCCAUAAUGCAUCUCCAGACCACUCUGCAAAUGUGUUGAGUAAUUAUAUUGUACUGGCUGGCUCAGAACAAAUACCAGUGAGCUGUUCACCAACCAAGAAUGAGCAAGAUGAACAUCUACAAAAAGCAAUGCAACAGUUCACUAUUCAUUCACAAUCUGCCCCAUCCAAGGAUUGUGACUUGUCAUCUGCCAAUAUGUCCUCCAAGAAUGCAGCUUUUGUUCAAAGUUACCCACCGUCUUGUGAGAAACCAGACUGCUCUCAGCAACAUUUACACCAUUGGCAAGAUCAUACACAGCACGAGGCUCAACAAAUACUACCCAAAGAAGAACAGCUGCAAAGAAUCAACCAUGGUCAGCAAUACCAAGAACAGCAGCAGUAUCAACAGCAAAAAGAGCAAUAUCAACAAAAAAAGCAGCAGUACCAGCAGCAGCAGCAGUACCAGUACCAGGAGCAGCUGUACCAGCAGCAGCAGUACCAGCAGCAGCAGUACCAGCAGAAACAGCAACAGCAACAUUUUCCUCAACCAGGAGCAUCACACUCAUCACAGAACAAACAGACCUGUCAAGUUAAGGAACAGCAAUGCAAUUCAGAAUCUGGUCAGAGGUUUAUUGCCAAUUUAAAUACUUUGGCUGAUUCCCUCCAUUCCAAUCCCAACCUCUCUUCAAAUGAAAAGCCACGGACACUACAAGAAAUUGAAGAAAUACAGAUGAGGAAACUCAAUUUGCAGCACCCAGAACAGAUGCAACCUAACCUUACAAUGUCAGGGCAUGAAAAUGGUCCAUCUCAAGACCAAAUUUCACCCUUGCAUCACAGUCACACCAAGUUCUUGUCCACUGUCACAAACUCGCCUUCACUUCCAGGAAGAAUACAGGGAUCUCCUGUUGGUUUACAAUUUCAUACAUCAACCCCUGGAACGAAUCCUGGUCCUGCUGCAUAUGGAUUAUCUCCAGAAACAGUCUGGGGAUAUACCGGUAGCACUCAGGGUGGAGGUAUUUGGCCAAUCCGCACCAACCAACCUCAUCAAGCUGCAUGUGAAGGAAGUUCUCCCCAGUAUCUAACCAGUCGGCUAUCUGAGCAGAGCAACAUUGGGACUGCGCUUCUUCAGGGUGUAAGCAUGUUGCAGAACAGGUCAGCAAAAUUUUUGGUCAAAUCUGCAAGUUGUGACCUUUUCCCCACUUAUGAAAGUAACGCCAUUUAAGUUAAAGCUCCACAU